AUGGCUCAACCAACACCGGAGGAACUUGAUCGACAACUUGAUGAAUUUAUCGAUAAUCUUGUCGAUAACAAAGAUAAUUUACCAUCAGCUGAACUUGAUGAUGCUUUCUGGAAAGAUCUCGAAGGACAUCCAUUUUUCAUGAAAGAAAUGCCAGCCGACGGUGCUGAACUCCAUCCCGCAGCAGCUGCUUUGCAAGCUUUGAAAUGGGACGAUGACGAUGAUACACCAUUAGAUAAAGCAAUCAAAUUUAAAGACGAAGGCAAUAAAUACUACGAAUUGAAAAAGUAUCGUAAUGCAAUUCUUGCGUAUACCGAAGGGAUAAAACAACGUUGUUCGGAUCCGACUACCAAUGCAGUUUUGUUUUGCAAUCGAGCAACAGCGAAUUUUUACUUGGGAAAUCAUCGCUCAGCUCUACGCGAUUGUGUUCUAUCGAGAAAGUGUAAACCGAAUCAUUUAAAAGCUUACAUAAAAGCAGCUGAAUCGUGCAUGAAAUUAAGCAAAUAUCAAGAAGCUCAAACUUGUAAUGAGAAACUCAUCGAAAUGCGUGAUCGAGCGGCCAGAUUGCAGAAAGAAAAAGAACGUGACGAAAGAAAACAACAAGGUCUCGAACGAAAACAAAGAAAUAAACAACAAAAAGUUCUAAAUGUUGUCAAAAAACAAAAUAUUCGAAUACAAGAAGAUCCAUCUAUCGACAUAUUUGACAUUAGUUCGAAUCCGGCCGGAAGUUGUAUACAACUGAACGAACAGGAUCAAACGUUGACAUUCCCAGUUGUAUUUCUCUAUCCAGAAUAUGGACAGACUGAUUACAUCAAAGAAUUUCAUCAGGAUACGAAACUUAUCGAUCAAUUAACGGAGAUGUUUCAAUCGCGUGCACCCUGGGACGAAGAAGGCAAAUAUACAUUAGAUCAAAUGAGUAUCUAUUAUGAAGAUCGAGAUAAACACGAAUUGAAGAUCGUUCCAUUGGACAAAACACUUCUUCAAACCCUUCAAUUGCCAGGAUUUGUCGUUCAACUCGGUAUGCCGAGUUUAAUAGUAAUGAUUCCUAAUUCGGCCUUCGCUAAACACUAUUUGAAAAUGUUUGCUACUCUAAAGCUUGCACUAACGCUGGCUAUUAUUCGAUUGACACCGUCGCAUUUAAGUCCAAGAGAUUUUACUAUACAAUUACAGAAUAACUUACGACGGAAACGAAACAACGACGCGAUACAAUUCGAACAACUUCUAGUCGAUGUAUGUUUACUGCGAAAAUCGACGCGAGCAAUCAGAAUUCCAACGCACGUGUUGGAUCUACUUGAUCAUCACGGAAGAUUUCUUCAGAAUGUCUUUACUCACUCUGUCGAUAUGAAUAUCGAAUUGCAAACUGUAAUCAUGGAAACUAUCGAUCGACUUUUUGAAUUAAUGAAACAGAACUUACUACGGAUUCAAGAUGAAACAUAUGAAAUCAUGUUCAAACAAUUGAUCACUAUGAUUGCUAGUUACAGUGUCAUACCCAACAUUCAAAAGCAUUGUAUUCAGCAUAUACAAGACUUCAUUCGAUUGAUUAUGCUGUAUAUAAAACAGUCAAAAAUCACAACCAGUGGGCAGCUACUCAUCGAACAAAUCGGUUGUCAAUCAUCGUAUUUCUUAUUGGUUUUUGAGCAAAUACUCAUUGAAUUAUUUGCUUUGUUCCAUCACGCAAAUCUCGAUGCAAUCUAUGCUUCGAUUCUCAUCAACAUCCUACAAAAAUUAAUUACAAUACACGACAGUACAACGUUAGAACAAAUACUCAAUAAUGAAUCUGUUCGUCAACAAUUCCAUGCGUUGCUCUACGCAUGUUUAGCUAUGAAUAAUAAUGAAAGUUCAUUAGUUGUUUGUCUCUGGAAUAUUUAUAGUCGAAUUUUAUGA